UCGGCUGAAGGCAGACGCACCUCAGAGCGCGCACCAGUGGCAUGCAGAGAUCUGCGCUGUGCGUUCCUGAAGCACCGUCACCUGCAUGAGGCGGAGAUGGAGUUCAGAUAGACUCACCGCUCCAGCAUUCGGACUGAUCGCUGAGACUUCUGCACUUCAUGUUCAGACGCCCUGAGAAAAUGUGGAAAUACACGAACUUGUUGGUCUGUGUGCUGGUGUUGUGCAAGGGCGCGUCCUCACAGAGCAAGAUUUUUGGGGAGACAGAGCCGGUCAGGAUGACGUCAGAGGGCUCUGACUGCCGCUGUAAAUGCAUCAUGCGCCCUCUGAGCAAGGAUGCCUGCCUGCGGCUGCGCAGCGGCAGCGUGCGUGCAGAGGACUUCUACACAGUAGAGACGGUCAGCUCUGGAUCGGACUGUAAGUGCUCGUGCACAGCUCCACCUUCCUCACUCAACCCCUGUGAAAACGAGUGGAAAAUGGAGAAGCUGAAGAAACAGGCUCCUGAGUUAUUAAAGCUCCAGUCUAUGGUGGAUCUCCUGGAGGGAACCCUCUACAGUAUGGAUCUACUAAAGGUUCACUCCUACAUCAACAAGGUGGUCUCUCAGAUGAACACCCUUGAAGAGACCAUCAAAACAAAUCUUACACGAGAGAAUGAAUUUGUCCGGGACAGCAUGAUGAGCCUCACCAACCAGUUUAAAAAAUACGAAAACUACUCCAACAUCAUGAUGAGCAUCAAGAAGGAGAUCUCCACCCUCAGCCUGCAGCUGCUGCAGAAAGACUCAUCUGAGAGCAAAGCCCAGGACACUCGUGAUGAGAAAGCCAAACCUCCAGUAAAAGUAGAAAACAAAAAGAACCCUGUUGCCAAACCACCUUCCAAGGCACCGAAAGAAAAGCCAGUCAAGCCCAAAAAAGAGGCCAUAAAGCCAGGGAAAUCAGCUAAACCUGACCCUACUUCAAAAUCUAAGGUGGUUGGCCACCAGCCUGGUGUGGUGAGGAGCAUCACUUAUUAUAAGGCCUCUGAAACCACUGAAGAUGACCAAAGAGGAGGCCACUCUGUGAAAACACUCCCAGUCCAUCAUCUUACAGAAAACGACCCUGAGGAUGCAGGGACUGAAACCAUCCUAGAACCUGUUGAGGCAACUGUAGCUGAUCCCUUCGAUGCCACCACAGCUCCCACUGCUACAACUACUACCACUGUUACCACCACAACCACCAGCACCACAACUUCCCCCACCUCUGAGCUCAUUACUACCACCACCCAAAGUACACCACUGUCUGAAAGACCAGCUCCUACUAUUGUUCUGGUACUAGACAACUCCAACAACAAUAGCCGUCCCAGUCUACACAGAGCAGGGAAGAUCCUCAACUGUGAAGGGACUCUGGCAUCCAUUGAGCAACCAGAGAAACAACACAGUUAUGGGCGCAAUGAGGGGGCCUGGAUGAAGGAUCCUUUGGCUAAGGACUCAAAGAUCUACGUGACUAAUUACUACUAUGGUAACAACCUUGUGGAGUUCCGUAACCUGGAUAACUUCAAACAAGGGCGUUGGAGUAACCUUUACAAACUGCCCUACAACUGGAUUGGCACAGGUCACGUGGUUUACAAUGGAGCAUUCUACUACAACAGGGCAUUCACAAAGAACAUCAUUAAAUAUGACCUGAGGAUGCGUUAUGUGGCAGCCUGGACACUACUGCACGAUGUUGUUUAUGAGGACAUCGCCCCCAUGAAGUGGAGGGGCCACUCAGAUAUUGACUUUGCAGUGGAUGAAAGUGGCUUGUGGGUGAUCUACCCAUCUCUGGACUAUGACUACAACCAGCAAGAGUUGAUUGUGAUCAGUAAACUAGAUCCCGGAGACCUGUCCCUGAAAAAGGAAACAACCUAUCGAACAGGCCUCAAGCGGAACUCGUAUGGAAACUGCUUCAUCAUCUGUGGUGUCCUGUACGCUGUUGAUGUGUACAACCAGAAAGAGGGUGAGGUGAACUUUGCCUAUGAUACCCACACAAAUACUGAGGCAAUCCCACGCUUGCCCUUUACCAAUGAGUAUUCCUUCACCACCCAGAUCGACUACAACCCCAAAGAUAAGCUUUUGUAUGCAUGGGACAAUGGCAAUCAGGUCACAUAUCAGGUCAACUUUGUUGAGGAGUGAGCACAGGUAAUUAAUGUCUCAGUAGGCCUGCCAAUAGCCAACCAGUUAGAUGAUUCUCAGUAUUUACCAGCCUUAAAGCAACAAUAUUUGAUUCAGCAGGACAAGAAAUGGACCUACAACAAGCCUUUCAGUACCACUGCAUGUUGUGGUUUAGCCGACCUUAAAGUCUCAAACUGCAAUGUGUCAAAAACAAAAGUCAGGAAACAGCAGAAAAAAGCUCACAGGUUGAGUUAAAAUCACUAAGAAGAACAAGGAUUUUCCCACAAGGUCGUUUAUGGAAUGCACCUUUGCUAUCAAGAAGUUUUGGCCUCAAAUAUUUUGUUCCUGAAGGAACUCAUUUAGAAACAAUCACUGGAUGUUGAUUUGGUUUGAGGGCUCAAUCAGUCUUUACAGGGUUCCCUGAUAUCUUUCUAAGCAUGUUGCCAUACAUUUCAAUUCUAAUAACAAUUUGAAGAUGGUAUUAUUUUAGGGAGGCAUUUAUCAAUGUCAAUUAAUUACAAAUCACCUAACUACAACCUCAUGCAGAAAAUAUCAGAUCAUUCUUAGAUGAUGCUUGUUCAGUUUUUCUACUCUGCUGGCUAAAAAAUACAAAAAAACCAGCCCAAAGCUGGUUUAUUUAGCAGCUACCACUAUUCUGUGGUUACUUUCACCAGUGUCUUCACUGAGAGCAAAGUGGAACCCAAGUCAAAUUGCUUGUUUGUGUGCAAUAACAUGUCCAAUAAUGGUGGUUCUGGUUCUAGCUGGACAUUCAUUGUUUGUUAAACACACCUCAGAAAUUUGCUUACACUGUUGCAACAAUGGUUUAUAUCUUUUUUCAGAUCAUGUCUUAAAAAAAUGUAAUCAUUUAGUCUUGAGGAAAAUAACAAAAUCUAUAAAAUGAAGAUGGAGCUGUUUCAAGAACCAUUUUGUUUUUCCAAUUUCCACCAUAAAUGUUUAGUUGGAUUGAAAUCCAGACUACUUCUGGCCAAGUCAUUAAGCUGAUCUGCCUUUCUGGAAGUGAUGUUAAAAUGCUCUUUGUUCGGUAUCAGAAUGCAUUAUCAUCUUGAGAAAUCUUGAUUUUAUCAUCAACAAACCUACUUUGGAUCGAUGGAAUAAGAAAAAUGUGUAAAAUGUGUGCCCCAUAUUAUGCAAGGCUGGGAAUUUGCUACUUUUCUUUAGGCUGUAAUCUUUCUAUGUUUCAUUUGGGGGGGGGGGCAAACAACUUUCCUGCUUACUACUCUGUGUCCAUUCAGACCUGCUAACAGGAGAUUUUGUAUCUACUUUGACAACUGACAAUUUAAAGUAAUUUUCUAUACUCUCAGUCUGUCAGGAAAUAUGGUUUUGUGAAUCCAAUAUCUACCAGUCAACUGACCCAAAGCUCAGUUGAUCCGAACCUAAAUGAAAAGUGUAAUUAGAGCUGGUCUGUUCUUGAAUCCCCUGGGUUUAUGAUUCAAAUGUUUUACUGAAUCAGGAGUCGGAGCUCUCAUUUUAGCCCAGUUUAUACAAGUCCUCUUGCUGGCUGCUGCUAGAUACACAGGCAGCAUUAGUGGACUCACU